AUGGCAAGCAGCGGGCAUAAACCAUCAGAAUCUGAAAGACAGCGUAUCGAGGCUCCUGGGUUGCUGUAUGAUCGCUCUUAUCCUGGGUGGGGCGAAGAAAAUAUCGCAGCUCAGGCAGCUGAGAUAGAAAGUCUUGUAGGUAAAAAUCAAGGACUGAUAGCAAGCAAUGCGACCUUGAGACAGGAGAUUCUUUAUACUCAGCAGGAAAUGCAGAGGCUGCAAGCUUAUGUUGCUCGUGUGCAGACCGAAAGAAAUAUGCAGAUCAGAGGACUACUGGAAAAGAUUAGGAAAACGGAAGCUGAUGUCAGUGAUGGUGAAAUAGUGAAGAGGGAACUACGGAAGGCAUACUUGGAGAGACACAGCCUGGUAGCUGAAAAACAGGAACUGAUCAUCAAAAUCCAGCGUGUGACAGAAGAACUACAGAAAGCCUACACAGACAUCAGAAAGCUGCCUGAGAUGCAUGCUGAGACAGAUGGGUUAAGACAGGAUUAUCAAAGAAUAUGUGCCGCUUUUGGGUCUGAAAGGAGCUUGAAUGCUGAAAAAGUCAAGCAGAUGAAUGCAAUGGAGGGGUACCUGAUAUCCAUGGCUAGUGAAGCUGCGAAGCUACGAACUGAGUUGGCGAAUGCACCAAAUCCAUAUGGAGGCAUAUAUGGAAGUCCAGAUCCUAUUCAAGCACUAUCAGGACAGAGUGAUAAAGAAUGUAGAUAUGGCCAAGGUGGUGGGCAUGUAGAUUGCUUUUAUGGGUAUGGAGAAAAUCCAGGUGCUAGCCUUGGCCAUGGAGGUUCUGUCAGUUGUGCUGAAGUGUAUGGAAUGACUCAGGCUCAAGUAACCAGUGCAAUAGAUGGAGAUGGAUUGAAUGCAUCCACUGGUGAGAGUUUUGCUGGAGAGGAAACCAAUCCUUCACAGGUUACAAUCAUAAGUGGUGGGCUAGCAGCUGAAGGAGUGAGUGGCGUUGGCGAUGAGACAGGAGGAGGAGCUCCAUAG